AUAAUAAUAAUAAUAAUAAUAAUUUAUUUUUAUUUGAUAAUGAAUAUCUUUUUCAAAAUAUUAGAGCUCCAAUUAAAUAUAAUCAAUCAAUUAAAAGUUUAUUUAAUCAUAUUGAAAAUAACAAUUUAGGUGAAAAAGUAGUUUUUGUUGAAAUUGCACCAACUCCAGUAUUAGUUAAUCAUAUUUUAAAUAUUAUUCCAAAAAAUGAUUAUUUUAAAAAUGAAUCAAUUUUAUUAUUAUGUCCACUCUCAAAAGGUAAAUCUGAUACUACAACAUUCUUUGAUUCAAUUAAAAAAUUUAAAAACUUUAAAUAA